AUGGAGAAUUUAAGUGAAACAUCAAAAAAUGAUGUGGAAAACGUAUCCAAACAAAAAUUAUGUCGGACUGUAGAGUCAAUUAAAGAAGUUAUGAUUCCUACAGAAGAUGAAAAAAAGUAUAGAGAAAAUUUGUUAUUAUCUGAUCCGACCAAAGAAUAUUUGAAAAACUAUGUGUGUACAAAAUGUAAUAGAAGUUUUCAUAGAUUAAUUAGCAAAGGUAAAAAAGUCAGCUUUCAUCCUUUACUUAAUGUUUUAAUGUGCAAUUCAUGCUGUAAUUUUUACGGAGAUGGUAACUUAUCUUUGGACAGCGAUGGAGAAGAUAAAUAUUGCAGAUGGUGUGGUGAAGGUGGAAAAUUAUUUUUGUGUUCAAAGUGCAUUUGUGCUUUUUGUAAAAAGUGCAUUAAAAGAAACUUUAAUGAAAAUACUUUAGAAAAAGUUGAAAACGAUGAUGAUUGGGUUUGUUACUUUUGCGAUCCUAAACCUUUGUGGUACCUCAGAUCCAUUUGUUCUUUUGCUCAAGAAGAAUCUGCCAAGAGGAUAGCUGAACUUGAAGAAAAAAAUAAAAAUGAGUGUAGUUUGAGUUCUUACAAUUCGAUAAGAAAACGAAAGAAAAGGUUAAGAUUAAGAGAAAGAAAAAUUAAUUCGGAAAGUGAGAGUUCUUCUAGUGCAGAUGAUUUGAAUGUUUACAACGUGACAGAAUCAUCGAAAAAAGAAUGUACUGAAAAGUUGAAAAAUUCCGAGGAUAAACAAAAUUUAUGUCCUAGUCAGUCGAAAAAUAUUGAACAUGAUGCACCUGUUGAAAAGAAAACAAAUGAUGCAUCAGAAUCAGAUAAUGUACAAGAAGUGGAUGUUAUAUUGAAUAAAAUAAAAGGUUUCUGGAAAAUGACACAAAUCAUUUCAGAAAUCAGUUUUAAGAGCAGUAGUGAUAAAUUAAGAGACUUAUCCAGUCGGGAUUUUGUUAAAAAUUUCACAAAUGUUGAAAAAGAAUUUGAAUUUGUGAAAUCACACGAAAUUAUGUUAUCAUCUUUUAUAACUAAGGCUAGUGUCUCUGUAGAUGCCAUUAAAAACGACUUAAAAUGUAAAAAAAAUGUGAAAGAUGAAAAAAGAGAAUUUUUACAAAAUAAUAAUAAGGACGGAUUAAACUUUUCAUCGAAAAAAAUCAAUCAAGAUAAUAAUUACAAUUUAGAUAAUGUUAAAAAAAAAAAAAAAAAAUUCAACGGUGGAAUGAUAAAAAAAUUAAAAAAUAAAGAAAAAACUAAAAAAAAAAAAAAAAAAAAAUUAUUAUCUACGAGUGAUGAUGAUGAUGAUGAUGAUGAGGAUACAAUUACAGAAUUUGAGAUAACAUCAGAUCUCAGCGAAUCAUCAACAUCGGAUAAUGGAAAAAUCCGCGGGGGAAAAAUUUCGAAAAAUUUUAAUAUCGAUUUAAAAGCAGAAGUUGAUAAAUUGAUAACGAACGAACUUAAAAAACCGUUGUUAAAAGUUAAAUCAUUUGCUAAAAUGACCAACGAUAACGUUUUCACAGAAUCAUUGGAAAAAACAAUGAUCACAGCCGCGGCUAAUAAAAAUAAAGUCGUCGAAGAAAAAAAAGAUAAUGAUGAGUAUAAUGUUGAAACGGAAGCAAGUUCGGAAGAUGAAUAUCAACUUAACAACUCGAAGAAAAACAAUGGGAAAAAUUUUAGAAAAAAAAAAAAGAAAAGAAAUUCGGAUAGCAGCGAUUUUUCCGAUCGUACUUAUGGAGUUUCGAAAUGUAGAAAAAAUAAAAGGCAAAAAUUGAAUUUACAAAAAGCGUUUAAACAAUUCAGAGAUACUCGUAAAAGGUACUUGCAUAAAGUUCAUAAUAAUAAUGCGAGUGAGAAAAACGACGUCGAGUCGGAAAAGGAAAAGAAAACUUUUGGUGAAAACAAUGGAGAAGAUGUCGAAGGUGCUGGAGAAAAAUCAUCGAAUGUUUUAGAAAACGAUAUGUCUAAUGCUUCGUAA